CUCUCUGUUUCUCUUUGUGUAGGGCCUUUGUGAAGGCUUCCAUUGAGUUGCUUCUCCUCUGUAAUAAUAAUAUGACAGCCUAAUCAAACCAGCCUGGAAAGAGCUAUGAGCUAUCUAUCUAAAGAAACAAGUUUUGCAGAAAGUAACACUUAAAAAAGUCUCUACCUUUUCUCUUCUUCCUUUGCUCUCUUGUCUUUCAUUGAUUCUUCUUCGUCCCAAAACACACACAUUCUUCUCCAUUUGCCUCUUCUCGCCAUGUGAAUCCAAACCCUAAAGCUUCAAAAUCCCUACUCUUUUCUCUAUCUUCAACCUUCUUCAAGAACACAAUCUCCAAACACAAAAAGUUUAAUCCUUUUUAGCAUUGAGCUUGUGGGUUUUCUUCGUUUUUCGAUUUGGGUUUUAGGGUUCUUGAUUUCACAAAAAAAUGGUGUUCACAAAAUCAUUACUUGUUCUUCUUUUGUUCCUCUCUUGUUACACUACUACUUCAUCUGCUUUGUUUAAUCCGCCAGACAAUUACUUGAUUUCUUGUGGCUCAUCACAAAACAUAACUUUCCAAAACAGAAUCUUUGUUCCAGAUUCACUCCACUCUUCUCUUGUACUCAAAAUCGGAAACUCUUCUGUUGCAACAUCAUCAACUACUUCCAAUUCAACCAAUUCCAUCUACCAAACCGCUCGUGUUUUCUCCGGUUUAGCUUCUUACAGAUUCAAAAUCACUUCUUUAGGUCGACAUUGGAUCCGUCUUCAUUUCUCACCAAUCAAGAACUCUACUUGGAACUUAACCUGUGCUUCAAUCACUGUCGUAACAGACGACUUCGUGCUCUUGAACAACUUCUCUUUCAACAACUUCAACGGCUCUUACAUCUUCAAAGAGUACACUGUCAAUGUCACUUCAGAGUUCUUGACCUUAAGUUUCAUUCCUUCAAACAAUUCGGUGGUCUUUGUCAACGCUAUUGAAGUUGUCUCUGUUCCGGAUAAUCUUAUCCCUGAUCAAGCUUUGGCUCUUAACCCUUCAACACCAUUUAGUGGUCUCUCUCAGCUUGCGUUUGAAACAGUCUAUAGAUUAAACAUGGGAGGACCAUUGUUGACUUCUCAAAACGAUACAUUGGGAAGACAAUGGGAUAACGAUGCAGAGUAUCUUCAUGUUAAUAGCUCUGUUCUUGUUGUAACAGCGAAUCCUUCUUCGAUUAAGUACUCUCCUUCUGUGACUCAAGAAACAGCUCCUAACAUGGUUUAUGCUACUGCUGAUACAAUGGGUGAGGCUAAUGUUGCGAGUCCAAGUUUUAAUGUUACUUGGGUUCUUCCUGUUGAUCCAGAGUUCAGGUACUUUGUUCGUGUUCAUUUCUGUGAUAUUGUGAGUCAAGCUUUGAACACGCUUGUUUUCAAUCUUUAUGUGAAUGAUGAUCUUGCUCUUGGAAGUCUUGAUCUCUCUACGUUGACUAAUGGUCUUAAAGUUCCUUACUUUAAGGAUUUUAUCUCCAAUGGUUCUGUUGAAUCUUCCGGUGUUUUAACCGUUAGCGUUGGACCUGAUUCGCAAGCUGAUAUCACGAAUGCGACUAUGAAUGGGUUAGAGGUUUUGAAGAUUAGUAAUGAAGCUAAGAGCUUAAGCGGUGUUUCUUCUGUUAAGUCACUUGUUCCUGGAGGAUCAGAUAAGGAAAAGAAGAAAGCGGUGAUCAUCGGUUCCGCGGUUGGUGCGGUUACUGUGGUUCUGCUGAUCGCGGUUUGUUGCUAUUGCUGUUUGGCUGCUUCGAGGAAGAAGAGGUCGACGAGUCCUCAAGAAGGCGGUAAUGGACAUCCUUGGUUGCCAUUGCCUUUAUAUGGACUCUCUCAGACUCUUACCAAAUCAACCGCUUCUCACAAGAGUGCCACAGCUAGUUGCAUUUCUUUAGCUUCUACGCAUCUUGGCCGUUGCUUUAUGUUUCAAGAAAUCAUGGAUGCUACUAAUAAAUUCGAUGAGAGCUCGUUGCUCGGUGUUGGUGGAUUUGGUCGGGUUUAUAAAGGAACUUUAGAAGACGGGACUAAAGUCGCGGUUAAAAGAGGUAACCCGCGAUCUGAACAAGGUAUGGCUGAGUUCAGAACCGAGAUCGAAAUGCUGUCUAAACUCAGACAUCGACAUCUCGUCUCUCUAAUCGGUUACUGCGACGAGAGGUCUGAAAUGAUUCUGGUCUAUGAGUACAUGGCGAAUGGACCGUUGAGGAGUCAUCUCUACGGAGCUGAUCUUCCUCCAUUGUCAUGGAAACAAAGACUCGAGGUUUGCAUCGGCGCAGCGAGAGGAUUACAUUACCUACACACGGGUGCAUCGCAGAGCAUUAUACACCGCGAUGUGAAAACCACGAAUAUCUUACUGGACGAGAAUCUAGUCGCUAAAGUUGCAGACUUUGGACUAUCCAAAACCGGCCCUUCACUCGAUCAAACCCAUGUGAGCACGGCGGUUAAAGGAAGCUUCGGUUAUCUCGACCCGGAAUACUUCAGGAGACAGCAGUUAACAGAGAAAUCCGACGUUUAUUCGUUCGGUGUUGUCCUAAUGGAAGUUCUCUGUUGCAGACCGGCUUUAAACCCGGUAUUACCGAGGGAACAAGUGAACAUAGCGGAAUGGGCAAUGGUGUGGCAGAAAAAGGGUCUACUCGAUCAGAUCAUGGACAGUAACUUAACCGGUAAAGUGAAUCCAGCAUCACUGAAGAAAUUUGGCGAAACUGCAGAGAAAUGUUUAGCAGAAUAUGGCGUGGACCGGCCUUCUAUGGGAGAUGUAUUGUGGAAUCUGGAGUACGCGUUACAGCUCGAAGAAACAUCUUCGGCUUUAAUGGAACCUGAUGACAAUAGCACAAACCACAUUCCAGGGAUCCCAAUGGCGCCAAUGGAACCGUUUGAUAACAGUAUGAGUAUAAUCGACAGAGGAGUAAAUUCGGGGACCGGGACUGAUGAUGAUGCGGAAGACGCGACUACUAGUGCUGUGUUUUCGCAGCUUGUUCAUCCUCGUGGAAGGUAGAAGAAGAAAAACACAUUUGGUGAAACAAACAGAGACAGAGCAUUGUUUGUUUUUGAAAAAUUUACAGAAAGAAACAUAUUUAUUCAAGACUUUUGGGUUGGAAACAACAAAAUGAUUCAUUCAGGAUUUAUUUUCGAAUUUUUACGGUGUAUUUGUUUUGUAAUAUAGUGAGUACUGAUGUUUUUUAAAAGCAAAUCAUGAAUCAGAAUGUGAUUAUAUCUUU